GUGCACCCACAGUUCUGCGGAGGCUAGUCCAGAGGCUGGCCGGCGCCACCUUUUCUUCCUUCGACUCCGAGAUCUGCCAUUCCUCGCACGCAAAUGUGUCGGCAAAAACACAAUGGCGUCUCCAGACUUACGGAUUGCACUGAUCCAGAUGCACCCGGUGCCCCUGGACGCCGAACGCAACUUCGAGACGGCGUCCAAACACAUCCAUGAAGCCUCCACCAAAGGCGCCGUGCUGGCCGUACUUCCCGAAUACCACCUGACCGGCUGGCAACCCGAAGAUCCCCGAUUCCGUUCCAUCGCUUCCCAGGCGGACGAGUACCUGGCCAAGUACUGCGAACUCGCUCGACGAUGUGCCAUCAACAUUGUCCCUGGCACUAUUCUCAGCCUUUCUGGCUCGGCUUCCACAGGCAUGCUGAACAAGGCGUACUUCAUCAGCAGCUCCGGCGAAGUUCUCGGCGAGUACACGAAGACGAACUUGUGGCAUCCGGAGCGCGAGCAUCUUCUUUCGGGGCCAGAUCAUCGUGGUGCGACUACGGGACCUCAUCAUGAAGUUAUUGAUACACCUAUCGGUCCGAUCGGGCUACUCAUCUGCUACGAUCUCUUUUGGCCCGAAGCCACGAGGGAAUUGGCCAAGGCAGGAGCAAAGUUAAUCAUCAUACCGACCUUUACGAAGAUGGAUGACCCGUCACCGCUGGCACGGUCGUAUAAUCCGCAUGGAGAGGCGCUUUUUACAGAAUCCGCAUUGAUCACAAGAGCAUUCGAAUGUACGGCUGCUAUGGUGUAUUGCAACGUCGGUGGUCCGAAGGAGGAAGGCUUCAUGGGCCUCAGCAGUGUCGUCCUCCCAAUCGUCGGGAGGGUAAAGGGAAGUCUCAACACUGCCGACGAAGGCGUUGCAAUUGUCGAUGUGGAUAUGAAUGCGCUCGAAGUGGCCGAGCAGAACUACAAGAUUCGGGAAGAUCUGUGCAAGAAGACGUUCCAUUACAAAUAAAUCGAUGAUAGACAUUCCGAAGACCUAUACAAUGCCACAUCCUCAUCGAA